AUGCAUUCACAGCUGUCGGAUUUCAGCUGGGCCGAGAUAGUGGCAGCUUCAGUGCCUGCGCUACCCGAGCUAGGAUUCAUCUCAUACACUAUCGUCACCUUAGGGGAAACCCCAACUAUGGACAUCAAGUUCUACCUCGAGGCAACACUGCAUUAUGCAUUCUCUAGCACAAUAGAAAUCUAUAGUUUUGAAUUGCGUCCUCCUGACCCCGAGGAUCCCAUUCCUGAAAACGUUGAUAUAGGACUUACAACAGGUCCUGGUCAGGCCUUGGACCAAUUAAAAGGAUGGCUGGAACAAUGCAAUACAUCCCAUGAAGGAUGCAUCGCUCGAAUCGCCCACGAUAAAAGUCCCUCUCAAUACCCAACGCGGUUGGUAGACGUCGGCACUGAUGUUGAUCCCUGCAUCAGACUAUGUAUUACAAAGAAUUCGCCCAUCCAAGGGCCAUAUCUUACCCUCAGUCACUGCUGGGGGAAAAUCCCUACGAUUAAACUAUUAUCCGAGAACGUGGCAAACAUGGAAAAGGAGAUUCCAUAUAGUGCAUUGACCAAAACGUUCCGAGAGGCUGUGAUUGUAACCAGGAACCUUGGAGUUCGCUACAUAUGGAUCGACUCCUUGUGUAUCAUACAAAACUCUACCGACGACUGGCGCUCUGAAGGGCUUCAGAUGGCCCAAGUGUACACCAAUUCGUACCUGAACAUUGCCGCAGCGCAUUCAACGGAUGGACACGGAGGGCUUUUUGUAUCGCGAGACCCGGCCAGGAUACAGCCGAUCCAUAUCAAAACGGAUUGGGUUGGCAUCGGGAAAAGAAAACUUUUCCUUCGGGAUGAAAAGUUUUGGUGUAGGGCGGUUGACCAAGCGCCUCUACAUCGGCGCGGAUGGGUUCUCCAAGAACGCACACUUGCCGAGCGUACUGUCCACUUCUGCACCGACCAGAUUUUUUGGGAGUGUUCCGACGGAACGUACUCUGAGAGUUUUCCAUCGGGACCGGUGUAUGGUAGCGUUUUCGGCCUUUCUAGCCGCAUCCGUUUUCCGCCCGACGAUGUCGGUCUUCACAACAUCAACACGUGGGCAGAAUCUGCAUGGAGAACCACGCUUCAGGUGUAUUCCCAAUGUGCAAUUACCCAACCAGACGAUAAACUUGUUGCUGUGGCUGGAAUAGCCCAGCGUUUACAGGCGGCUACCGGGUGGCACUACAUUGCCGGUCUCUGGCGAGAGAGCAUACCUAACAAUCUACAUUGGCAGGUUCUAUCGCCUAAAGAGGCCUCGAGACCUGAAAAUUAUCGUGCUCCAUCAUGGUCGUGGGCUGCACUCGACGCCGCAAUCGCACCACAGCUACAGAUUAUUCAGCGACCAGAAACAUCGUUGAAGGAUUGGCAUGUGCAGACCGUGACAGAAAGCCCGUUCUCCCAGGUGACAGAUGCCUAUCUGAGGCUGCAAUGGACACGGCUAUACGCCGCAACGCUCGAGUGCGAUAAGCAAGGCAUAUGCUCCGUGACACUCGACAACGAGGUAGUCCUUGAGACUACUGCUCAUACCGAGCCAGAGGCGAUAACCAAAGAUCUGGGCAGCGGAAGUUUUCACCUGGAUACUUUGCCACCACCAGGCGUCUAUACGGUGUUUAUCCUCCCGUUAGGUCAGGAUUACUUCAGCACUUUCAUGGUCUCACUUGUCCUCACUCCGGUGACCGGGGAUAGUUGUGGGCUCUACAGGCGAUUUGGAGUGCACGAAGCGAGAUCUAUAUCGGUUAUUCGGUUUCUAACCUACGAGAACAAAAUUGACCAAAGCAAAUGGUAUGAAGAUGCUGAGGAUCGAACUAUCCGUCUAAUUUGA